UGAAAUACAAUUAAAAAAAAAAUUAGUAACUACAAAAAAAAUUCAUACAUGUCAUAUUUGUAAUAAAAAUUACAAUAAAAAUAGUGGAUUGAUAAAUCACAUGCACGUUCAAAAUCAUAUGUUAAAGUACAUUAUAUUAGAAAACAUACAAAUGAUUAUAAAUUAAAAUGUGAAUAUUGUGGUAAAUUAUUUAAAAUACAAUCAGAUUUAACAACUCAUAUGAAAGAUCAUGAUAAUGAAUCAUGUAUAUGUGAUAUUUGUGGUAAAACAUAUAAUAAUAAAAGUUCAUUAACAUAUCAUCGUUAUAAUAAACAUAAAGAAAUUAUUAAAAAUUUUUCAUGUGAAGAUUGUAAUAAACGUUUUAAAACUAAAAAAAAUUUAUCAAAUCAUAUGGAAUUACAUAAAACAAAAUAUAUAUGUGAAGAAUGUGGUGCACAAUUAAAAACAAAAUAUGGUCUUACAAAACAUCGUAAAAUACAUUUAGAAAAAUCACAUGUAUGUCCAAUUUGUGGAGUUGCAUUUUCAAAUUUAAGUUCACAAAAAGUACAUUUAUUAAGACACGUUGGUGAAAGACCAUAUGUAUGUGAUAUAUGUGGUCAAAAUUUUUCACAAAGAUCACCAAUGAUGUCACAUCGUAAAAGAAAACAUCCUGGUGAUUUACCACCAUUACCACCAAUUAAAAUAACUGAUUUACUUCAUGGAGUUCGUGAUAAAAGAAAAGAAAGAGAGGCCAACCAUUAAGUGCAUCAAAGCCAUCGGCAAUGGUCAUCAUCCAUGUUCCAGACUUGGAAAAAAGCAGAAAAAAAAAAUCAAGUAAAAAUGAUGAUCUACUGGAAGAUACAAUUAUUAU